AUGUCUUCGCCCCAAAAUCACUCUAGUCCGGACCCAGAACAGGGUAACCAACAGGCUAACGGCUUACAGCAAAACCAUCAGACAUUACAACAACAACAACAGCAGCAACAGCAACAACAACAGCAGCAGCAGCAACAACAGCAGCAGCAACAGCAACGCCAGGAGCAAAAUCAAGCUAUUCAACAACAAAAUCAACUGCAGCAGCAGCAGCAGCAGCAACAACAAACCUUGCAGCAGGCAGCAUUACAACAGCAAGUUGUUCAGUCCUUUCAACAGCAGCAACAGAAUCUGCAUGAUCACUUGCAAGCCGUACAGCAACAACAGAUCCAAGCUGCCCUGCAACGACAGUCUGCCACGUUGCAGGAGUUGCAACAGCAAGCCCAGCACCAGCAAGCGCUCAACCAGGCCAAGGGGAGGAUGCCACGUGCGCGCGCGUACAACAAGCCGCGCGGCCGCAUGACCGCGUACGCCUUCUUCGUGCAGACCUGCCGCGAGGAGCACAAGAAGAAGCACCCGGACGAGAACGUCAUAUUCGCCGCCUUCUCCAAGAAAUGCGCCGAGAGGUGGAACACUAUGUCGAAAAAGGAGAAACAGAGGUUCCACGACAUGGCGGAGCAGGACAAGCAGCGCUACGACCUGGAGAUGCAGAACUACGUGCCGCCUAAGGACGUGAAAGUCCGCGGCCGCAAACGCCACCAAGUCAAAGAUCCAAAUGCGCCUAAAAGAUCGCUUUCUGCCUUCUUCUGGUUUUGCAAUGACGAACGCUCCAAAGUGAAGGCUAAUAACCCUGAAUACACAAUGGGUGACAUUGCCAAGGAACUGGGCAGGCGUUGGGCUGCCGCCGAGCCGGAAACAAAGUCCAAAUAUGAAUCUCUCUCGGAGCAAGAUAAGGCCAGAUACGAUAGGGAGAUGACAGCAUAUAAAAAGGCAUUGGAACAACAACAGUCACAGUCAGAGGUGCAUGAAGAGGUUGAAGAAUAUGAAGGAGAGGAAGAUUUUAAGUGU